AUGGAUCCCCGGGCCGGAAAGAAGACGCGGGCAUCUUCGAAGGCCGGGGCCGCCGCCGCCAAGGUGUCGGCGCAGGCUGUGAGCGACGCCGCCCUGUCAGAGCUCAACGACUCUCCCGCGGCCCGCAGGGCGCCCCUGCCCCCGGCGGGGAGCUGCGCUCCGGCCAGGGAGAAGGGACCGAAGGGCCGCGCGCCCAGAGCCUGCGCCCAGAAGGCAGCCCCGCGCGCGGAGGCCGCCGCGCCCCCGGCCGCUGCCGCCGCCGUCCGGGUACCGACACAGGUGCUUCCUGCGGAGCGGCCGGAGCCUCCCGAGGCCGCGGCGCCGCCGGCUUCCAGGGCAGGAUCUCGCCGCAAGGCGGGUGAGCGCUCCGCUCGCGAGCAGAGCCCCCCGUCCGGGUCCCACGAGGCGCUCCGACCCGGCGCGUCGGUUCAGACCCCGGGUCUUAGCCGGAGCGAGGUGGCGCCGGGCGGCUGGAAGCCCCAGAAGGUGCUGGAGAGAUUAAAGCUGAAACGCCAGGAGAUCUCGGAGGCGGCGGCGAUCGUGAACAGCGUGGUGGGCCGCCUGUUGCAGAGGCUGCAGAACCUCGAGUGGGAGUUCAAAGACGUCGCGCUGCUGCACACCGGGAGCUACUACGAGCGCGUGAAGAUUUCUGCUCCUGAUGAGUUUGAUGUCAUGUUUAAACUGGAAGUCCCCAGAAUUCAGCUAGAAGAAUAUUGCAACAGUGGUGCUCAUUACUUCGUGAAGUUUAAAAGAAAUCCCAAGGGAAGUCCUCUAAAUCAGUUUUUAGAAAAUGAAUUAUUAUCUGCCUCGAAGAUGCUGUCAAAGUUUAGGAAAAUCAUUAUGGAAGAAAUUAAAAGCAUUGAAGAUACAGAUGUUGCCGUGGAGAGGAAGAGAAGAGGAAGUCCUGCUGUAACGCUUAUUAUUAAAAAACCUCGAGAAAUAUCUGUGGAUAUAAUCCUGGCUUUGGAAUCAAACAGUAGCUGGCCUGCUAGCACCGUGGAAGGCCUGCCUAUCAAACCCUGGCUUGGUUCAGACGCUAGGAAGCGACUAAGACAAAUGCCAUUUUACCUUGUGCCUAAGCACGCAAAGGAAGGAAAUGGGUUUCAAGAAGAAACAUGGCGGCUGUCCUUCUCUCACAUUGAGAAGGAAAUUUUAAACAAGCACGGCCAAAAAAAAACAUGCUGUCAAAGUGAAGAACAGAAGUGCUGCAGGAAAAGUUGCUUAAAGCUAAUGAAAUACCUUUUGGAACAGCUGAAAAAGAAGUUUGAAAGCCGCAGACUGGGCCCAGACCGAGCCAUGAUUCCGGAAAUGGAGUGGAUGAGCCAGGCCCUGUUGAGGGUGGAACCAGUGGACUCCGAGGAUUUGGUGGAAGUCACGGUCCACGGACGGCCCCGAGUGCAGAACCGGGUGAAGAGCAUUCUCCUGAGCCUGGCGUCAUGGCACCGAGAACGUCGUGCGGGGCGAGCUGAGAAGAUGAAGCACCUUGAGGAGUUCCUGAAGACUCGUUCGUCGGGGCCGGACGCUCCCCUGCAUCUGGAUACUUAGAGCAGCAGGACUGUG